AUGGUUUACCAACGGCAGCCGCUUCAACAUGAGCAGCAGCCGCUGUUGGGGUCCUCCAUGACGCACAUGCCUCUGCCCGUGGUGUCUGUGAGCCAUCCCAUGUCGCACGCAGUUGGUCCGGUGUGGGGAGCAGCGUCCGAUGGGCUGCUGGGCGCCGGCGAUCAACAAGCAGCAGCAGCAGCGCCAAGCAACUUUACCAUUUCAACUCCUCCUCCUGCUCCAUUGCUGCUUCCAGUGAAGCGGAAAGUGGGCCGACCGCGCAUCCACCCAUUGAAGGAGCGUCCGACAGCAUCAUUACAGCCGCCGAGUCAGCACCAGCAUCAGCAUCAGCAUCAGCAGAGCAGUAGCACGAGCAGCACGCAACGGAAGGAACUCGAACAACCAGCGAUCAGCCGUGAUCACCAACAGCAACCACCGUCCAACCCGCGCAUCAUCACCCAGCACCAUCAUCAUCAACAUCACCAUCAUCACCAACGACCAUCAUCAUCAUCCACUGCGACAAGCACGCGGCCGCAGCAGCAGAGGAAGCGCAGGCCGACGGUGAUUGAGUUUCUAGAGUACAUCCCCUCCAAUCACCUCGCGAACGCAAACCGACCAUCCUCAUCUGCCAUCGCAGCCGCAGCAGCAGCCGCAGCAGCAGCAGCAUCAGCAUCAGCAUCACUAUCAGCAUCAGGAUCAGCAUCAGGGACGAGCGAUGCGUUCCUGGGCUCGGUUUCAACGGCGCAACGGCGGCGGUGCGAGUCCUUCCCCGGUCUGCUUCCAUCCACGCAUCACUCACACGACCAACACCAACAACACCAACAUCAUCAACAACAACAACCACACCACCAGCAACAUCUGCCGCUCCAGCCUGUUUUUGUGCCAAUGCCAGCGCUGCCAAAGUUCCGCAAGAUGGUCUCGAGCGACAAUCCCGCAACCCCAACGUUCCAAGUCCAACCAACGCGGCACCCGCCACCACAAGCGCCGCCACCCAAGCAGCAUCAGCAGCAUCAGCAGCCUCCUCACGCAGUGGUGGCCGGACUGGAUCAGCAGCAGCAGCAGCAGCGGUCGUCGUCGCUCGUUCUGCGGCUGUCAACCUCAACGGGCGCCGCAGCGAGCCGCAGACCUCCUCACACUCCUCCUGGCAACAGCGCCCAGAGCAGCGCCAGGCAGCCCAAGAAGACCGCCAUGCAUGGGAAUGCACGCAUCAACAACAACAGCACGGCAAACCCCCACCACCACCACCACCACCAACAGCAGAUGCAGCCCCAGUCAACGGUUGCUAACGCGAGCAGCGGUACUGGUUUUGGAUUUGGCGCAUUCACAGUGACCAACCACAACUACCAACACCAAUACGACCCGACAGCAUCCAAUACCCGUGCUAAUAAUGGCAUGAUGAUGCCGAUGCCGAUGACGAUGCCGACGAUGAUGACGAUGAACGGAGCGACCGACGAGGCCAGCGAGGAGGACACUGAGAGCGAGUCCGACAGCGAGGACGACCAGGACGAUGCCACCGAGGACCAAGCCAUUGACGACGACGAUGACCACGACGACGACGACGACCACGACAACCAUGAUGCAGAGGAAGCGGACGAGGAAGCAAAUCAACCGCAAGACCUCAAUCAUCUGCCAUUCAUGCAGGCAGAAUUGCUCUUUGCGAACAGCAACAACAACGACGAUCGCAGUGGCGUCGAUCUGAACACGUCAACUUGCUCCGUCGAUCAAAUCCUCAAGGACAUUACCGUUGUUGACGAGGACGUGUGCACGCUCGAUUCCAUCAUGGAAGACGUUGCCGAAGAUUGUUGCAGCAUGCCCCAUCUCGCAAACGGCAAGACGCUAUGGAAUUCCUUUGCUGCUACUCAGCCUGCUGGCAACGCUCAACUACAACAGCUACAACAACAGCAACAACAACAACUACAGCCGACGCAGCACCACAAGCAGCACCAACGGGCUCGAUCUUACUCAGUGUCCGCGUCUGCUUCGCCUUGGCUGCCUGCUGCUCCGCACCAACGGAUGCCAUUCAUGGCAUACGCCAAUCCCGAUACCCCGACCUCCAUGCCACCGUCCGCAUCACCCAGCCCUUCGCGCGCGACCGUUCGUCCGCCGUCCUCGGCGAGCACGCUGGUCCGGUCGCAAUUUCCCUUGCAGCUGCCGCAAAUCUCACAGCAGCAUCAGCCACCGCAGACUGCUCAACCCACCCGCCGUCGUGCCGUCGGUGCCGUCGGGCAACCAGCCAUGGGAAACAUGUUUGACGUCGCGCCCCCCAACCCCGCCGACGGAGAGCCGGCCGAUGGCUACCGCGCACUGGUGAGCUACUGUGCAAUCAGUGCCAUCAGCACCACCGCCUGCCAACAGCACCAUCGACCAGCACCAUCCACCACCACAUCCAACUCAGCAGCGUCGGCCAUCCUACCUCCCCGCGUGACGGCCAGCAUUCAACGCAAGCGAAGAGCCUCGAUGGUUGAAUCGGAUGCACGACCGAUGCUCCGUCCACCAAAGCGAACGCGUUGCCAGAGCGUUGCGCCAUGCAUGGAGAAUCUUGAUCGAUUUGUCGCUGACUUGCCACCGUUUUCGGCCGAAGGCUUGUUUGGGGAUCUGAACGGCGACUUGUCCGACUUGUUCGGGAACAACGUCGCGCCGUACAAUGUGUCAUUGGCAACACCUCGCUCGCUGGCAUCGUCGUUGCAGUCGUCCACAAGCUCCCCCACCGAAAUAGUGUCGCCUCACGGCCAGAUUAGCACGUCGAUUGUCUCUGUGAGUGUUGCGAACGAUAUGGCCGACCUGACGACGACGGGCGACGACUUGCAUUUGAACGAUUCUUUUAUUGCAUCGUUGGACGUCAGCACCACCGCCGUCGACAUUGGCGACCUGUCCAACUCGAUUCCAUGCGGCGCCACCGGCGUUUCCGCACCCAGCGCUGGCACCCCUGCCCCUGCCCCGUCGUCGUUCUGGGACAGCACUCAAGCCGACUGCGAUAUUUUCCCUGGCGCGUUGGGCAUAUCAGCCGAUGCAAGCCACUCCGUGUUUGAUUCUGGUCGAAUGUGUGAUCUUCCUUCCGAGUUGCUUUUCGCAUGAAGAGGUGGCGGCUGG